UCAGAUUCUGAAAAUCUCAGCAUCUUUGUCCUCAUUUCUUGAAUCAACACAUUAUAUAAGAAAACCAGCCUCUUAAAGCAGUAGAGCUAGAAAUGUCAACAGACUCAUCAUCAUCCUUCGAGCAAUUAGAGGAUGAAGAUGUUUCACUCUCCGAUCUUCCCCACAAUUAUGUCCAACCAGAGCAAAACCACUCUGUCAGUACUAAACCUGUUGAUAGUAGCAAAGUCAUCGACACAGAAGAAGAAUUUGACUUUUGCUCAUCCAUGCGCGGCAGCUCUUUCUCGGCGGAUACAAAAAUGUGCGCUGCGGAUGAUCUCUUUUUCAAGGGCCAGAUUCUACCCCUGCGACUCUCUGUCAGCUCGGACAGCGGGUUUACCAAGCAGAACCCGGCACGACACUUGUCUGUGGAGUCGGGUUCUUCUGAGUACACGGACCGGCACAUGUCAGGUUUCAAAAGCAUUAUCGAGGGCAGUAGUAGCUGCAGCAGUACAAGAAUGAGUCCCAACUCGUCAAGAAGCAACAGCAACAGUAGCCGUUCCACUGCUACAACAACGAGCACUAGCAUUGCGAAAUCGAAACCAAGAGUAGUGUCUGUUCGAAACCAAUUCUACACGCACCCCAGCCCGAGACCCCAGAUUCAAAUUUCAAAUGGGGCACGACUUGAAAAGGUAGGCAGCCGGCCGAGCAAGAAAUCGUCAUCGAUCUGGGACUUUUUCCGAUUGGGACUGGUAAGAACACCUGAGCAAGACCUUCGUAAGGUACUUCGUAGUAAUAGUGAUCGUGUUAAUAGCACAAGAAUUAGUGUCAGUCGCAAUAGUAGCGUUAAUAGCAACAAUAGUACUACUUUUAGCAACAACAACAACAACCCUACUACUAGUACAAUUGCCAACGGUACCAUCAACGACGGUGAAAAGAACAGUGUCACUAAAACUACUGCAGCAUUGAUCUCGGAGACGAAGAGUCGGCAGAGAGUUUUUAGCGGUUGUAAGUGCUCAUUCGAAGCUGUGGCAUCCAAUGCCGUUGUCCCGAAAAGUAAUGUCGAUAAGGAAAGCGAAUCUAAACAUGAGAAGAAAGCCGAUAAAGUAUCGCCCGACGUGAAGAUGAAGAUGAAGAAGAAGAAGAGCGGUGGUAAGCAAAAGCAGCUAAAGCAAGACAUGUCGCAUCAGAGAACGUAUGAAUGGCUAAAGGGGCUUUAAACAUCGAUCGCAUGCAAACUUGGAUCAUCUUCUAAUUCCCUUUGAAUUGAUAGAUGUUGUAUAUAGAUGAUGUCUUAAUCAUUAUCAGCUGAUAGUAGUAUCUAGUAGUGGACUUCAGACCAAUAUGAUCUCGCAUGCUCUGCAGCUGCUUUAUUUCACUAUCAUUUUGUUUUUUCCUUUAUUUUUUAUAUUUGGUUUCUCUUUAGUUUGAAAUGUUAGUAACCUUAAUACACAUGUAUUGAAGUUUGAAUUUCAAAGUUAGGGCUAGCUCCAUUAUCAAGG